UUCUGCCGCAUGCUGCCUGCCGACACCAUUGCGCAGAGGAAUUCCCUGCCGUCUGUUUACAGCCAGGAGGAGAGGACGCGUGCCGCAGAGCUCCGUAGGAUUUGACAUGGAGGCGCCCGGCGGUUGUUUCCGAGGCCGUGUUUAUGUGCCUCCCGAUCGGGCAGGCAUGUAGGAGGGGAGCGGCGUGUUUCUGCCAAGCCAGGGAGCGCUUUUUGUUUGUGUUUGCUGCUUCCUGAUGCGGUCAGAGCGGGCCAGCCGUGUUUGUAUCGUGGUGCUGGAGGAGGUGGAGGAGGACGAGCCCUCCUUUGCACCCCCGCCUCCUCGGCCCAAGUCCACCCCAGACCCUAAAUCCCAUCAUGCCCCUAGAAGGGCCGCUGCUCUGGAGGACAAGCCAUCCUUGCUCAGAGCCAUCUUCAAUGUGGAUCCAGAUGAGGUCCGCUCGCUCAUAUUCAAGAAAGAAGACGUAAACAUUCAGGAUAACGAAAAGCGGACACCACUACAUGCUGCCUCCUACCUGGGAGACAGCGAAAUCAUUGAGCUGCUCAUCCUCUCCGGAGCCCGAGUUAAUGCCAAAGAUAACAAGUGGUUGACUCCUCUUCACCGUGCCGUGGCCUCGUGCAGUGAGGAUGCAGUGGCGGUGUUGCUGAAGCACAGCGCCGACGUCAACGCCAGGGACAAGAACUGGCAGACGCCGCUCCACGUGGCGGCAAGCAACAAGGCCGUGCGCUGCGCCGAGGCCUUAGCGCCGCUCCUCAGCAAUGUCAACGUGUCUGACCGGGCAGGGCGCACCGCUCUGCACCACGCCGCCUUCAGCGGACACACGGAGAUGGUGAAGUUGCUGCUGUCCAGAGGAGCUAACAUUAAUGCGUUUGACAAGAAGGACAGGAGGGCCAUCCACUGGGCAGCCUACAUGGGUCAUCUGGAAGUAGUUAAAUUAUUGGUGAGUAGUGGAGCAGAGGUGGACUGUAAGGACAAGAAGGCUUAUACACCUCUCCAUGCAGCUGCCUCCAGUGGGAUGAGUAGCACCGUACACUACCUGCUAGGCCUGGGCGUCCAGGUGAACGAGGUGAACGCCUUCGGCAACACCCCACUCCAUUUGGCGUGUUACAACGGGCAGGACGUGGUGGUCAGUGAGCUCAUCAAGGCGGGGGCCCGCGUCAACCAGGUCAACGAGAGGGGGUUUUCUGCCCUUCACUUUGCCUCCUCCUCACGCCAGGGGGCGCUGUGCCAAGAGCUACUGUUGGCCCACGGAGCACACAUCAACCUGCGGAGUAAAGAUGGGAAGACUCCCCUCCACAUGGCAGCUACUCACGGCAGGUUCUCCUGCUCUCAGGCCCUCAUUCAAAACAGAGCUGAAAUUGAUUGUGUGGACAAGGACAGAAACACUGCUCUUCACAUCGCCGCGCGCUACGGCCACGAGCUCAUCAUCACGGCGCUUGUCAAACACAGAGCCAGCGUUGCCAAGAGAGGCGUUCAUGGGAUGUUGCCACUACACCUAGCAGCCCUCACCGGCUUCCCUGAUUGCUGCAGGAAGCUGCUGUCCUCAGGGUUCGACAUUGACGCCGCCGACGACUACGGAAGGACUUGUCUGCACGCGGCCGCUGCCGGAGGGUGUGUCCUUAUUUCCCCUUCACUUACUUGCGGUGUUUGUGUGAUUAAUCACAUUGUCUCAAUGUGCAGGAACCUGGAGUGCUUGAAUCUGCUGCUAAAUUUAGGCGCUGACUUUAACAGCAAAGACAACUUUGGAAGGACCCCUCUUCAUUAUGCAUCAGCCAACUGUAACUACCACUGUCUGUUUGCCCUGGUGGGCUCUGGGGCGAGCGUCAACGAGCUGGACCAGAGAGGCUGCGGCCCCCUGCACUACGCCGCCGCAGCUGACACCGAUGGAAAAUGUGUGGAGUACCUUUUGAGAAACAACGCCGAGGCCGGCGUGAGGGACCAGGAGGGGUACAGUGCGGUCCACUACGCCUCAGCCUACGGCCGCACUCUCUCUCUGGAGCUGAUGGCAAGUGAAACCCCUCUUGACGUGCUAAUGGAGACAUCAGGAACUGACAUCACGAGUGACUCUGAGCGCCACGGGUCCAUCAGCCCGCUCCACUUGGCGGCUUACCACGGCCACUGUGGAGCGCUAGAGGUCCUCCUGUCCUCCAUGCCGGACGUGGACGUCCGCAGCCCGCAAGGUUGCACCCCUCUCAACCUGGCCUGCUCCAGAGGACACCAGGAGUGUGUCUCCAUGCUGCUACACCGUGGCGCCUCACCCAUGACCAGUGACUACACACACAAAAAGACAGCUCUGCACGUGGCAGCUACAAACGGCCACUCGGGGUGCCUGCGUCUCCUCAUGAGCAACAACGACCAACACGUCAACGUGGACGCACAGGAUGUCAACAAGCAGACGGCGCUGAUGUUGGCGGUGCUGAAUGGCCACACCGAGUGUGUGUAUUCACUGCUGAGUCAAGGAGCCAGCGUCCAAGCUCUGGACCGCUGGGGCAGGACAGCCCUUCACCGAGGGGCGGUGACGGGUCAGGAGGAAUGCGUGGAGACUCUCCUUCAGCGCGGGGCCAGCGCGUGUGCGAAGGACAUCCGAGGCCUGGCCCCUCUCCACUUGGCGUCCGCCUGCGGCCGGGUGAGCGCGCUGGGCGCCAUGCUGCAGGCCGACGGCACCUCGGACGCUCUCUCGCGGCUGGCGGACAAGCAGGGCUACACGCCGCUGCACUGGGCCUGCUACAGCGGUUGUGACGCUUGUGUGGAGUUGUUGUUGGAGCAGGAAGCGUUCAGGAAGACGGACGGCAGCACGUUCAGCCCGUUGCACUGCGCCGUUAUGAACGAUAACGAAGGAGCGGCCGAGAUGCUGAUCGAUUCCCUCGGCGCCGACAUCGUCAACGCCACCGACCGCAAGGGCAGGUCCCCGCUUCACGCCGCCGCUUUCUCCGACCGCGUCGAGUGCAUUACCCUGCUGCUGAGCCACGGCGCCCACGCCAACGUCGCGGACGCGCACACGCGCAGGACGCCGCUGAUGAUGGCCGCGCUCAACGGACAAACCAACGCCGUGGAGGUGUUGGUGAGCAGCACCAAAGCAGACUUUGCUCUGCAGGACACGGACAGCAACACUGCCUUGCAUCUGGCUUGUAGCAAGGGUCACGAGACGUGUGCCUUGCUGAUCCUGGAGAAGAUCAGCGAUAAAAACCUCAUCAACUGCACCAACGCCUCUCUGCGCACGCCGCUCCACGUCGCCGCCAGGAAAGGUUUAACGGUGGUGGUCCAGGAACUUCUGGGCAAAGGAGCAAGCGUGCAAGCGGUGGAUGAAAACGGUUACACGCCCGCUCUGGCCUGCGCCCCCACCCGCGACGUGGCCGACUGCUUGGCGCUCAUCCUGCACUCCAUGAUGCCCGCCUCCCCCAUGGUCACCACAGCAACGUUGCCUGUGUUCUCGCUGCCUCACACGGUGAUCAAGCACCACCUGGCGACCAAUCACGUCACAAAGGGUGUGGCCUUUGACGCCCUGCCUGCUCUGAGGCCCGACCGGGCUGCGUACUGCAGGCCGGAGCACCCGCUGUCCUUGCUCUCUGCUGACGAUGAACUGAAUGACUCGGAUUCAGAGACCUACUGAAGACUGCCCCCUAGUGUUGAAGGCAGUGUGAGACUCUUGAACUGGGAGCAAACACCAACAUAGAGGCAGAAUGACAUCACACUAAUAAACUCAGUGUUUUAAUAUUCCAAACUAGUGUCAUAUAAACUCCUUAAAUAUAUUAAUAUACUUAGAGAGAAAAAGUAUUAUUGUAAAUGGGACCAGAUGUUUCUUCACUGUCCUUUCUAUUUAUGUUGAGCCACUUUGCAGUUAAAGUUGUAUUUCCACAUCAUUGGAGAGAUGGUAUCAUCUUUUUUUUAAUUACUUUUUUUAGUGAAGGAUUUGUUGGUGCACCUGCAGCAGCCACACCUCCAUGUUUCUGUGUGAGAGAAAUAAAGAUUUGAUUUUUGAGAACCA